AUGGUUGUUCCUGACGGUGUUGUGAUGACACGAUCAGUAUGGGCAUGCAACCUUGAAGUUGAAUUCGAGUUGAUUCAUAAAAUGAUUGGGUUUUUCCCUUUCAUCUCUAUGGACACAAAAUUUCCCGGCAUCAUCUUUCAAUCGAAUCCAGGACUCCAUCAACCACAAACUAACUACGCAAUGAUGAAAGCCAAUGUGGAUCAUAUGCACCUCAUCCAAGUUGGGCUCACCCUUUCAGACUGCCAUGGAAACCUUCCAACCUUUGGAACCUCCAACCGCUUCAUUUGGGAAUUCAACUUUUGUGAGUUUGAUGUCACACACCAUCCUCAUGCUCCUCAUUCCAUUGCCCUCCUCCAACGUCAUGGUAUGGAUUUUCAUAAGAAUAGAAACUUUGGAGUCAGUAUUGUGCGAUUCGCUGAGCUUAUGAUGCUCUCAGGUCUCCUAUGCAAUAAUCAUAUUCAAUGGACUACCUUUCAUGGUGCCUAUGAUUUUGCUUACAUGGUCAAGGUAUUGAGCUACCGUUUUCUGUACACGCAACCACUUCUACCUCCCAACUUGGUUGACUUUCUGCAAGUCGUAAAAUUCUUCUUUGGAAAUACAGUAUACGACGUGAAACAUCUCAUCAGAUUUUGUCCUAACCUUCAUGGUGGUUUAGAUAGAGUUAGUGAGUCCCUAGGUUUAGAUAAUAGUGCUAGAAAAAGUUAUCAUGCAGGAUCCGAUAGUUUGGUCACUCUAUAUGUUUUUAAUGAGAUUAAAAGACUCUAUUUUCGUACAGAAAAUGACUUGGCAAAACAUAAAGGUGUUAUCUAUGGUUUAGAGUUCUUAUGA